UGGAAAUCACCCUCUGUUGGCACUCUUGCUGUUGAACAAGAAACAAAGGCCUUGCAAGCAUUUCCUUCUUUCCUUGAGAAGAAAAAUGAGCUGGGGAUUCCUGUGUGAUCUUCUGAGUGGAGUGAAUAAAUAUUCAACAGGGAUUGGAAGAAUUUGGGUAGCAGUUGUGUUUAUACUCCGCCUACUGGUUUAUGUUGUGGCAGCAGAAAACAUCUGGAAAUAUGAACACGAUGAAUUUGAAUGCAAUAUCAAGCAACCUGGUUGUGAAAAUGUCUGCUUUGACCAUUUUUUCCCUGUCUCCCACAUCAGACUUUGGGCUUUGCAAUUAAUCAUGGUCUCCACACCUUCGCUCUUGGUGGUUUUUCAUGUUGCUUACCGAGAGAACAGAGAGAAACAUCACAACCGGAGACUUUACAAAAGUCCAGGAGAGAUAGAUGGUGGAUUGCUGUGCACGUACCUUAUCAGCCUUGUUUUAAAAACAGGAUUUGAAAUAGUUUUUCUUGUCCUGUUUUAUAAACUGUACAAUGGAUUCAAAGUACCACGUCUUGUGAAAUGUGACAUAAGACCAUGUUCCAACACUGUAGACUGCUAUAUUUCCAAACCCACAGAGAAGAUGAUUUUCCUCUAUUUCCUGGUGGCAACUUCAUGCCUGUGCAUUGUACUGAAUCUAAGUGAAUUGAGUUAUCUCAUUUUUAAAUACUCCACAAAAUGUUAUCUGAAGAGGUAUAUCAAGAGAUGUCAAGGCUCAAAAGCGAUUGCCACAAAUCAGAACUCAUGGGUCACAACAGACCAGCAGCUGCAGGACGGUUCCACAACAGCUUCUCGCCUGUGCCUCCGAGUAUACAAACUGAAUGUGAAAAAAGGUUCUCUGUUGACUUGAAAGAAGGCUAGAGACCAUUACACAAGCUGUAUUUGAUUAAUUGCUCUUCCAAUCAGUGCUUUACAGAACUGAAAGGACAAUUAUGUUGGAAAUACUUUUUCUCUGUUAGUUCCUCCUUACUUGAGCACAUAAAUUCGGUUCCAUUACAUAUGUCAUACAUAAAAUAAUCUAGAUCUUUUAAUGGUGAAACAAGAGGUGUAGAAGCCUGAAAAUUCUAUGAAGGUUUCAUAUAAACACUGAUGCUUUUGCUAAAUCACAUUGAAACAAUUGCUCAAACAGAUGUAUUUUGAAUAUUACACAGAUUUGAUUUGGUACAAUCAAAAAGCGUUUUUUUAUAUGCAGAGUUGGAAGAACCUGGGACUGAUUGAGAUGCUGAUCAGGAAGGGGCCGUACAGAUUUUGUCUGGUGGGUGGAUGUGAUAGCUGUUGAAAUAGCGAUUGGCAAGCACUGGCAGACUGGCUGUGGUGUACUGAAAACAGCUUGAUGGUCACCAGCACAUUCCAACAGCUUAUCGUAAAACAUCUCAAAAAAAGAAAAAAUAAGAGAUAGACACAUCUAGUUAAGCCCAGGGUGAUAAAGACAGACCUAGUUAUUUAUCUAUUUGCAGGGCAUCUCUCCUGGAGGCAUUUGAGCCCUUCACAGUUUUGAGAGAACACAGCCUGUGAGAGAAGGUGCUUGCUCAAACUUGUAUACCAGAGUUAACUCCUGGUCACCUGCACUGAGCAGCACCUGAGUCAUUAGAAUUUUCUCCUGUUCCAUGGUUGUGGUAUUUAAGGGAAAAGAUCAUUCCCAAUUCCCUCGGAUCCCAGUAAUGUAGACUGCACAACAGGGCAAAACAUUAGCCAGUAGUGCUAGUAUUCAGUAGCCCAGAAUCUGGUCCCUUUAUUAAGGCUGAAAAUACUGCGACUCCUUCAGCAGAUUUCCCUGCCAUGGAAUACCACAUGAAAUAUAAAAAUACAAAAAGCCUCCAGGAGAAACAAAGUAAAAAAGAAUCACCCAUCCCCGUCCCUCAGAUUUCAGGGUAUCUCUUAGACACGUUGCAUCUCUGCUCUUUGUUAUGUGUGGGGCUUGGGCUAGCAAGAAAUGGACAAAAAUUAGCUAAAACGUAUUUUCUUUUGAAUCUAGACUUCUCUGAGACGAUGGGAAUUGUCUAAAAAGACUUAUUUCAGGGUAGUGUUCUCUUUACAUUGCUGGGAUGAAAGACCUUCAGACAUACAUCAAUACUGAGCCUGAUCAAAACACACCCUUCAGGGAAACACACCACCUGCAAUAAGUGGAGCUGCCUGAACGUUGAAAGGAUUUUAUUGUUCAUGUCACCAUGAAGAGGAAGAAACAGUAGCAAAAGCAUGUUAACUAUUACUGCUCCUUGAAUGUUGAAGCUAUUUCAUUGCUUGUGCCAGGAUAAGGAGAAGGAAAUGGUAGGAAAGGCACAUUAACUAUUUUUCCACCCCCAAGCCCCCUAGCUUUGGUUACAAAGUAUUGCUUUUUUAAGUAUGGGGGUAGCAGGUACAGAAUAAACCAUGUGCUUUU